GGGACGUAUUGCUACAAAAAAUUAAAGGUGUUGCACCUUCAUGAUUCAAGAGCGUAACUAUAAAAAGACCCGUAUAGGGUACCAAAAUAAAAAAAAAAAAUUAGUUCAAUCUUUUCUUUGCUAGAGGGCGAGUUGUAUCAGAUGUUCAGGAUCGUAUAUACGAGAUUCCAAAUUUGACAAAUCGUUAAGAUGACGAUUUAUUCUAAUUUGAUAUAAUCCUUUUCUUUUGAUAAAUUAAGUGUUAUUGUAACAUCAAUAUUGAAAGAGAAUUUAAUAAAAAAUGCAACGUUACGACGCCCUCAUACAAGAAAUAGAAGCUAUCGAUGAUUAUUUAGGACCUACUUUUCGGGCGAUUUAUGAUGGCAAUGAACAUGAAAAAUUUUUGGAGAAGCUCGAUGAGCGUAUCAAAGCUCAUGACAAAGAUAUCGAAAGAAUGUGUAAUCAUCACUAUCAAGGAUUCAUCGAUUCUAUUCGCGAACUUUUACAAGUUCGCUCACAAGCACAACAACUUAAUGCAGAAAUAGUAGAACUUGACAAAUGUAUAACUGCCACUUCUAGUAAAGUAAUUGAAAAGGGAGAAGAACUUGUACGGGCACGUAAAGUAGAAAGUAACAUGGCAGCUGCUGUAAACAGUCUCACUAUGUGCCUUCCUGUUUUGGCAGCUUACGCGAAACUACAAAAGCAAUUGAAAGAUAAACGUUACUAUCCAGCUUUGAAAACUCUUGAGCAACUAGAACACCAUGACCUUCCAAAAGUUACAAAUUAUAGAUUCUCUUCCCAAAUAACUCAACAAAUUCCACAAUUGCGUGAAAAUAUAAAAGAUGCUUCCAUGUCAGACCUACGAGAUUUUUUAGAGAAUAUAAGAAAACAUUCGCCAAAAAUUGGAGAGGUUGCAAUGCGACAUACUGCCGAACAAUUGGUUAUUGAAGCUGAAAUUAUUGGACGGAAAAAGAAAAAAUCACAAACGUAUUCGGAAUCAGGCGACGGAGAGGAAGAAUUAAGCGCGCAAGACUUGAUGGAUUUCAGCCCGGUAUAUCGUUGUAUGCAUAUUUACACUGUUCUCCGUGAAGGUGAAACAUUUAAGACUUACUAUAGGAACCAAAGAAAGCAACAGGCUAGGCUUGUCUUGCAAGCUCCCAUUAAUAUGCACGAAAGUUUAAUUGGAUAUCAGGCUUAUCUACAUAGUAUUGUCGGCUUUUUUGUGGUAGAAGAUCAUAUUUUGAAUACAAGUAAUGGAUUAGCUACUCAUUCUUAUUUAGAAGAAUUAUGGACUAUGGCUCUACCUAAAAUAGUCAAUUCAGUUAGAACACAUUCAGCAUACUGUACAGACGCAACACUAAUAUUAAAGAUAAAAAACUUAAUAAUGCUUUUUAACACAACAUUAAGAAAUUACGGAUAUCCUGUUGGACAACUUUGGGAUUUGCUACAAGAAAUUCGUGUACAUUACAACGAAGUUCUUAUGCAACAUUGGGUUCAAGUUUUUCGAGAUAUUUUAGACGAGGAUAGUUUUUUACCGUUACAGGUCACGUCACAAGCAGAAUAUGAAAGCAUUCUUAGUUCUUUUCCAUAUCAUGAUGAAGAAUUACAAAAGGCCAAGUUUCCUAAAAAAUUUCCAUUUUCAGCCAUGGUUCCAAAGGUCUAUCAACAAGUUAAAGAAUUUAUUUACGCUUGCUUGAAAUAUUCGGAAGAUUUAAAUUUUACGCAAGCCGAAAUAGACGAAAUGAUUUGUAAAUCAACAAAUUUACUUUUAACAAGAACAUUUAGUGGAUGUUUGUCGUCGUUGUUUCGAAAACCAUCUUUGGCUCUUUUACAAGUAGUUCAAAUUAUAAUAAACAUGGGCUAUUUAGAAAAGUCUACAAAAUACUUGGAAGAAUUUGUUACUAAUAUUACUGGAACACAACACGAAGGACAAUUAAGUUGUGUGGGAGACAAAUCUGCUAUGUUUAGGGUGGCAAGGGAAGACGCAGAAACGCAGAUUUGUGAAAAACUUGAAAAGAAGCUGGACGAAUUUUUGGAAUUAGAAAAUUACGACUGGAAUUUGUCUGAGCCUCAAGGCCAUGCUUCUGGAUUCAUUACAGAUCUCAUAGCAUUUUUACAAAGUACAUUUACAUGUUUUACCAAUUUACCAGAUGAAGUUGCACAAGUUGCAUGUAAAUCAGCUUGCGAUCAUAUAGCAAAAGCUAUAUUAGAUAUAUUAAUUAGUGAAGAUGUAAAGCAAAUAUCAAUGGGUGCACUUCAACAAGUCAAUUUGGAUACUAUACAAUGCGAACAGUUUGCUGCUUCAGAACCUAUUGUCGGUUUACCAGAAGGUACAUUAUUGCAAUAUUUUAGUCAAUUAAGACAAUUGCUAGACUUGUUCAUGGGUUGGGAUUGGCCAACCUAUUUUCAUGACUAUGGUCAUGAUUCAAGCAAAUAUAACUUAGUAACUCCAAAUAUGGCUGUGAUUUUAUUAGAGAAAUUGAAAGAAUCUGAUAAAAAAACAGUAUUUUCUGUACUGAAGAAAAGCGAGAGAGAUAAGAAAAAAUUAUUAGAAACUGUUUUAAAGCAAUUGCGUCAAUUGGCACAGACUACUCAACAAUAAUGACCCACUAAAAUUGAUAUAAUAUAUCAAGUGAAUUAUAAAUAUAGAUUAUACUUUGUGUAUAUAUAUAUAUAUAUGUAUAUGUAUAUAUAUAUACACACACACAUAGACGUAUAAAACCUUUUGCACAAUUUUGUAUACAUGAACAUACAAAACUGUGCAAUACCGUUAAUUUUAUUAUAAUAUUUACUAAUUUAUUGUAUUAAAAAAUUAUAGAGAAUUUUAGUUUAAUUUAUACCAAGUAGAGACGGGUAAAACGAUAAAUUUGAAUUAUGUAAUAAAAUUUCCAAAUAUAAAUUUCGUAUACAUGCGAACGUAAAUAUUAUUUUCUCCAAUGUGCAAUUCCUAAUUGUAUAAUUUGAACUAUUCGACGCAUACAAAAUAGCACAAAAUUAAUUCAAUUAAUAAAGAUUCACCUUUUAUUUUCUUUUUUCCUACUAAUAUUAAAACAUCGUGCUAUCGUAAAAAAUACUACACAGUAUCUGGCGUAACUGUAUCGGUAUUUAUAUAUUAUAUUGUAAAUAAGAUACAAUGUACAACAACUCUACAACGAAUAAAAUCCCAAUUCCUAUUU